UGCUGGGCUUCUACCCGAACAAAUUCUGAAGCAUACUGAGAGAACGAAAAGCCUGAAGAUCUUCUCUCCCCCAGGCCCACCUGCAGCCAUGCUCUCCCUGGGGACCAUCUGCAGCCUACUGCUCCUCAGCGUGCUCUGGGUGGACGUGGCCAUGGCAGGCUCCAGCUUCCUGAGCCCCGAUCAUCAGAAGAUCCACCAGAGAAAGGAGUCCAAGAAGCCACCAGGCAAACUGCAACCCCGAGCUCUAGAAGGCUGGGUCCGCCCAGAAGAUGGAAGCCAGGAAAAUGGGGCAGAGGACGAACUGGAAAUCCGGUUCAACUCCCCCUUGGAUGUUGGAAUCAAGCUGUCAGGGACUCAGUACCAACAGCACAGCCAGGCCCUAGGGAAGUUUCUUCAGGACAUCUUGUGGGAAGAGGCCAAAGAGGCCCCAGCGGACAGGUGAUCACAUACAAGACUGGCUCAGCUCCUUGUCCUCCCACGAUUGGAAGCUCUCAUCUGGCUUUUAGAUUGCUUCUGCAGCAACUCCCAGUACUACUAUACUAGCUCAGGAGGUGAAUAAAGUUCAAACUGUA